AUUUCUUGAAAUCUUAGCACAAACAUCCACGGUACCUUCAGCAUCUAAUUAAAUCUUAACCUUGGUACAGAAGCCACCAUCUCUGGUUAGCGAUUGCAGACAGUUCGCAGCCACAACAUAUACGUUGCAGUACUAUCCGCGAUCGUUUGUAAGAGUGAACAUAGUCUGUGCGAAUCUACAUAAGUGCGAAGUCCUUUUCAGAAACGAUGAAAAUGCUCACAAUGAUAGGUGUUGUUAUUAUAGCUGCCUUAAACGUCAUUAGAGCAGCACCCACAUCUAAUACAGACGAUUCAACAUUCAAGUUUCCAAUAACUUUCGAAAACGGUAAAAUCGGAGUUAACUUCUUGGGUUUCCACGCCGCCGCAGGUCUUGGUGGAAUUUUAACAGGAAACGAAGCCGACGGGGGUUUACAAGCUGAAGCAGGUACACCUUUCGGACAAAAAGCAUGGGCUGGUUUAGGAGGAGGAGUAAAUGGAGCAGGUAGAUCAGCCGGAGGUCUAUAUGCCGGAGCAACGGCAGGAGGAGGAGUUGGUGCAAAAGCUGGUAUAGGAGGAACUGCUGGUUCCGAAGGUUCUUUCGGUACAUCCUACGCAGGAGCUUCUGCUGGUGGACUAUAUAAAGGAAGAGUUAAAAGUAUCGGCCAACCAGCGAUUAAUAUAUCUGAGAGGAAAGAAAACGUUGCAGCAGCUGUUGGAGAUGUAGGAGCAGGAGGGAGUCUCGAUUUCCAUGUUGGUUUAGGUGCGAAUGUGAAUUCUCAAGCGAAUUAUAAUACAGCUGGAGGGUAUAAAGUGAAACAGUUCCAACAAGAAUUUGUUGAAGAGGACAGUCCUGUGGAUACAUCUAAUGUUCAAGUUAUUGCCAAGAAAGAAAAAGUGAAGAACAUACAAAAAACUGUUGUUGAGCAGGAUAUUGAUGAACCUCAAGCUGCUCUGAAUUUGGACGUAAGAGCACAAGGUAUUGUUGCACAGCAACCACCACCAGUACAGUUACCCGUCUACGUAGAAAAAAGAAAAUACAAACUACGUAGACGCCCCCAUCAUCGCAAACAAGUCAUCAUCACAAACACUUUCGUAAAACCACCCCCAGUAGAAAUCCCCGCAUACAGAUAUACUGAAGAUAUUGUAGAAGAACCUGCUCCAGUUAUUGUAAAGGAAAAAACUAUAACUCACGGGAUAAAUGUCCCUGUCCCGACGUUGAAUGCAGCGGAAGAAUUAGUAGCUAAUUUCGCAGGACAUUUAGAAGUACCUCCUCCAAAACCAGUAGUUGUUGGUAACGUAGGUCUUAGUAAAUCCUUCUCUUUAGGAGCAGAAGCUGUUAAAACAGCACCUUUAUUAAAUAUUCAAGCUUCCAAACAAAUUUCCAUCAAUGGUUAAAUUGUUAAUGCUUUUUGCCGAUGUAGGAGGUAAUAAAUAAAUUUUUUACUCUAU